AUGCCGAAGCACUACCGUCCUGCGGGUAAGAAGAAGGAGGGGAAUGCCGCAAAGUACAUCACGAGGACCAAGGCGGUCAACUACCUGCAAGUUAGCCUCGCAAUCUUCAGGAAGCUAUGCAUUCUAAAGGGUGUCUUUCCGCGGCAGCCAAAGAAGAAGGUGGAAGGGAACCACAAGACCUACUACCACACGAAGGAUAUUGCAUUCCUUGCUCAUGACCCUUUGAUCGAGAAGUUCAGGGAGAUUAAGGUCCAUCGAAGGAAGGUUAAAAAGGCUGUUGCUAAGAAAAACAGGGAUCUCGCAGACAGGCUGUUGAAUCGGCCACCAACUUACAAGCUUGAUAGGCUUGUCCUUGAAAGGUAUCCAACAUUUGUUGAUGCUCUUCGUGACUUGGAUGACUGCCUUACAAUGGUGCAUCUGUUUGCGGCAUUACCUGCUGUUGAUGGUGAACGUGUUGAAGUCAAACGAAUCCAUAACUGCCGCAGGUUAAGCCAUGAAUGGCAAGCAUUCAUAUCCCGAACUCAUUCCCUGAGAAAGACAUUUAUUUCCGUGAAGGGCAUAUGUUACCAGGCCGAAGUUCAAGGACAAAAGAUCACCUGGCUAACUCCUCAUGCUCUUCAGCAAUUAUUAACCGAUGAUGUUGAUUUCAAUGUGAUGCUCUCUUUUCUAGAAUUCUACGAGACUCUUCUAGGAUUUGUGAACUUCAAGCUCUAUCAUUCAAUAAAUGUAAAUUAUCCUCCUAUUCUGGAUCCACGUCUGGAAGCUUUAGCUGCUGAGCUAUAUGCAUUGUGCAGAUACAUGUCUGCUGGUUCCAGAAGAAUGAUUGGGAAUUCACAAUCUGACGAAGUUAUGGAGGAUAAGGACGAGAAGACUAAAGCUGAUGGAGUAAUUGAGGAAGAGAAGGAUGUGAAGAAUAAAGCAAGCUCAAAAGCAGAUGAAUCUGAGCUCAGAUUAGCACAGCUUCAACAUCAGCUCCCAACUAAUGAACCUGGUGCACUGAUGAAUCUUGUAGAAGAAUCGACUGCUGAUGAUGCAGAUGACGACGAUACUAAAGAAUGUAAAGGUUUAUUUAAGAACUUAAAGUUCUACUUGAGUCGGGAGGUGCCUAGGGAGUCCCUAUUAUUUAUUAUCGCAGCAUUUGGAGGGACUGUUUCAUGGGAAGGAGAAGGAGCUCCGUUUAAAGAAGAAGAUGAUGAUAUCACUCACCAGAUUGUUGAUAGGCCGACACAAAGCCAUGUUUUCCUCUCCAGGGAGUAUGUUCAACCACAGUGGGUCUUUGAUUGUGUAAACGCUCGUAUCAUAUUGCCGACAGAAGGUUAUCUUGUUGGAAGAGUACCUCCACCACAUUUGUCUCCUUUUGUGGACAAUGAUGCUGAGGGCUACAUUCCUGAGUAUGCAGAGACAAUAAAGAGGCUGCAAGCUGCUGUUCGCAAUGAGGUCUUGCCUCUUCCAGGUAUUGGUGAUGAAGAUCUAGACAAUUCAUUGGUAGCAGCAAUGAUGGAUCGAACAGAAUCUAACGAAGCUGCUGAAAAGAAGAGGAAGUUGGAGAUGCUAGAGAAGCAAUACCAUGAUGAACUGAAGAUGGAAAUUGAUGGUGUUGCUUUCUCUAGUCUGUCAAAUAAGGAAGGAGAUAAAUCACCAGAUGCCAAAGAUGAUACUCAGUCAGAUCGCGAGGAGGAUGCCAGUAAACAAGAGGAGAAGGAUGAUGAUGACAUUGGUACUGCUCUCAUGUCUCGCAGGCAGAGAGGCCUUUAUAAAGCUAUGAAGAUGGGCAAAGAAAAGAAAAAAGAGAAAAUUGAGCUACUUAAGAAGAGAAAAAAGACCGUGGAUUCUAGUGCUUCUUCGAAGAAGCGUCACUGA